AUGUUAGGUGACGCUGACGACGGCAACGACGAAGAUGAGGACGAUGAAGAUGCAGAGCGUAACGUCGAGUCCGAUACCGGCGGUCCCGAUCAUCAAGAAAAAGCCGAGUCUGUACUUGCUCCAAAACCAUCCAAAAAGAGCAAAAAGAAGAAAAAGAAGGCAAAAGCAAAGGGCAAGGCUGCCAGCACAGCCCAGAAUGCUGCCCCAGUUAAGAGAAGGUCGGAUUUGGAUGAGAUUGAUGAAGCUCUACUUGCGCUCAAUUUGACUGCGAACGGCCAAGUAGGUGCUGAGUCGGACCACCAGGGUGCCGUGGUCAGUGAAGAGAAGAAGCAGUUGUUUUCCGCAUUGAGUGUUGACACUCAACAUCUGCACUCAGCCAACGAGAUGAAGAAACUCUUUGGUCGAGCUGCUCUGCAGAACAUUGACGACGAAGCGCGCCCCAGACAGCGGGGCCAUCAGGGUGGGAUUGCAGCUGCCAUUGCAGGACGCAACGCUCCCGGUGGCCGCAACCUUGCAUCUCUGAGUCUGCGUAGAAACAUUUUCAUUCAAGGCAAGGAAGAGUGGCCGCGUGCUACAUCCGGUGGUCUUGGAAUGGAGAUUGUUGAGAAGCGGGCAGAUGGUACUGUUGAGUACAAGUUUGUGCACAAUCGCAUGUACCAAGAUGUUCAGCGACAGUUUCAGACAUGCGUUGCAAGCAUGGAUCCCGAGCGCAUGAUUUCACUCCUCCAGCACAACCCAUUCCAUAUCUCGACAUUGCUUCAGGUCUCUGAAAUUGCGAAGCAGCAACGCGAGAAUGCAGCUGCGUCUGAUAUGUUGGAACGUGCUCUCUUUACGUUUGGUCGCUCUGUGCACUCAACCUUUGCUGCUAAUCUCGCGGCUGGCAAAGCACGGCUAGAUUUUCGCCGUCCAGAAAAUCGUGAAUUCUGGCUUGCUGUUUGGCGUUAUCUCGGUGCAUUGAGCACACGUGCAACAUGGCGGACGUCAUUUGAGUGGGCUAAAUUGCUGCUCGCCAUGGACCCCGAGCAAGACCCUUACUGUCUCCGACUUCUAAUUGACCAACUAGCUCUAAGAGGUCGGGAUGCUGAAGGGCUGGUCAGCAUCGUUGAAUCAGACCAUUUACAGCGGCAAUGGAAGAUUCCACCAAACCUGGCCUAUAGUGUUGCGCUCGCUCACGAUCGCAUGAAGGAACCACAGAAGGCGCGGUCCGCACUCCGCACUGCCAUCAAACAGUACCCAUGGCUAGCAGCGAGGCUGUGCAAGGAGCUCGAUAUAUCGCCAAUACCUAAGCCUGUGUGGGGCAAGGAACCCAACGACGACUACCAAGAGCUGCUCUGUCAAAUGUACGUGCCAAAAGCAAAAGACUUGUGGAACACGACAGAAGGCACCACGUUACUGGUGGAGAUGUGUUUUGCAUCUGCAUCCGAAGGGGAACUAGGGGCAGGCGAAAAUCCGUACUUGCUUGCUCAAAUACCAGAAAACGAUCUCGCGAGGCAUGUGAUAUUAUCAGACAACCAAGCACUCAUCUCACUUCUAGACGUACGUGUCAAGUCCAAAUAUACCUCUGUGUCCGAUCCACUGCCUCCAGACGACAAUUUGGAGUCUUAUGACGCUUCAAUAAACGGUAUUGCGGCGGGGCGUCCACGAGACCCGGCCGUGCGACAGCAGCUGGUGGCUGAGUUGGAGCGGUACCGGGAAUACUUUGAGAGGAUAGGCAUCGACCGGUUGAUGCAACAAGGGCUAAAUGAGCACGACUUGAUAGAAGCACUGGAGGAGGCAAACAGCAACGUCGAGGAAUUUAGGGCCAACACUGAGGGCUUUCAGCUGGUGCGCAUGAGGCUCGCACAGGAGGGCGUGCAAGUGGUAUUCGACGAGCGUGCUGCGGACCGGGGGGAUGAGCCUGGAUCGGAGACAGAUGAGGACGAGCAAUAA